AUGGCUUCAUUCGUUCAUCAACAAAAAUCUGAUUCAUCCUAUUCCCCUUUCCAUGAAAAAAGAGAAACCGAACGAGAGCAAAUAUUAUUGAACCCAUUUCGAGCCCCUUCUGUAAUACUUUUCUUCAAAGCUAUCACUCUUUGGGCGAUUUGGCCAAGCAUUGCUUUUUUCACAGCAUGGGCGACGUUUGUCAUUCUGAUUGAUCGUGAAGUUACGUCCCUGCACCUCCCCGCUACACUGUUGACUGUACUAGGGACGGUGAUCGGUUUCGUAGUUUCCUACCGAACCUCAAGUGCUUAUGAGCGAUACAAUGAUGGGCGUAAACAAUGGUCUUCGAUCAUUCUAGCUGGACGCACGUUCGCUCGUCUCAUCUGGUUGCAUUGUCCUGAUGCGCCUAGGCCGUUCGAUCCGAAGGAGCCUCCCACUGAAGAGGAGCGCCUACGGUCGAUUAUAGAAAAGAAAACAAUCAUCAACUUGGUUGAAGGCUUUGCUGUUAGCUUGAAGCAUCACCUACGCGGGGAACAUGGAAUCUACUAUGAGGACUUGUAUCGUGCUGUUAAAGAAUUAUAUGUGAUACCAGAUCUGGCGUGUUUUCUACCCAAGUAUGCUUCUCCUGCUGGACGUCUCAUCGAUCGACAUAACCUUGAUUUCACCUCCACCAAAACCUGCGCUUCAGCUGAUCAGCCUAUGGAGACGAAUAAUGCCAAUUGCGAUGGAACGAUUGAUACACCUCAGACUGCUUCCACCCUCUUUGAGCCUGAAACCCAUCAGAAUAGCGAAAGAGUCAACGACAAAAGCCUACCUACCUCUAGACAACAGACUUUGAGACCACACGUGAAUGGAUCCCUGAAUCCUUUCAAGCCAGAUCGUGAACUUUUGCCUGCUUACAAUCCACCCAAGAGUAGUUUUGUGGAAAUCUUCCCAAUCUGUUCAAUAUUUCGAGCUCUUUGGAAGGGAACUAGGAAUGUCACAGGCUUACGUCGUCGAAAGGAAGCAUAUUCUAAAAUGAUACACGAUGAUAACAUUCCACUUGAGAUCAUCUGGUAUAUUGAUAGCUAUGUAGCAAAACUGCAACUAUGUAAAGUGAUCGACGUACCCACAGUAAACUCGCUUCUUGCAUCAAUAUUAACAAUGUCAGAUUGCUUGACAAAUUUGGAUAAGAUCUUAACAACCCCAAUCCCAUAUGGAUACAUCGUACAUUUGAAAUUAGUUAUAUGGGGUUACCUCAUCUUCUUACCUUUUCAACUUGUGAAUACAUUUGGUCUUUGUACAAUUCCAGCUACUGCUCUUGUUGCAAUUGCAUUUUUAGGUUUUAUGAGGGUAGGUCAAGAAAUUGAGAAUCCAUUUGGAUAUUAUUUGAAUGAUUUGGAUAUGGAUUAUUUCUGUCACCAUCUCAUUGCUCCUGAGCUUGCAAAAAUUACAGCUUGGCCACCACCUGAUCCUUCCGAGUUCAUAUUUUCUCCUUCCAACAUUCCUUUGCUUGAUAAUCGUGAUUUACGCUCUGGUGUGGAUCUCCUGAAUUCAGGUUUAUCAGCUGAUCAGCUUCAGAGAUUGUUGAUCACUCGUCGAUCAUCAAUGAGUCCUAUUGGUACAGUCUAA